AUGGACGAGGAUUUGAAGUCCCUCGCCGGCCGCUCCGAGCGCUCAGAGGGCGCAGCCACUACGUCGACAGCUUUGUGCCCAAACUCCAGCGCUGGGACGGUCGUAGACGGACAAAUUUUCUUGAAGGUGCGCAGCUGCAUCGCUUGCGGUCGCAAGAAUUGCGACCCGAACGAAGUCACGGUGGGCCCGCUGUCGCAGAGCCGCUUCACAGUCUGGCACAGGGGCAGCUCGGGCGACCCUCAGUCCAAGCAGGACAGGAUCUGCCAGCUGACCUACCAGCACGGUUCGUUCGGAGACGAUAGCCUCGAAGAGUUUGUCAACAACCGGAUGAAAAAAGAUCCGCAGCUGCAGUCCGAGUUCAGUGGAGCUCGGGAGGCCAUGCUGAAGCUGCUUAACGAAGGCAAGCUCCGGUUCAAGGGCAAGACGCUCGACGUCGUGAUGAUCAGGAAAAAGCCCGAGGGCGUGUGGGAUGUGAAUGUCACUGAGAAGUCAGGUGUCAGACAAACUGAAGAAAUCGACGCCGGCGAGCACGAGAUCCAUGAGGGUCAGCAGGGCCUGAAGUUUGCCUCCUCCAGGAAGCGCUUGCAGAAUGCAGUUAACGAGAAAGCGAACGAGUCGAGCGUGCUUUCGGCUGACAGCCACGAAGAGCAGAAGGACCCAGCGCUGCCAAGGCUGCCUGAGUCUUCGGAUGAGGAAGAGUUCCGAGUCAGCUCUUUGCUGGACGAGGUCGACAGUCCGCCAAAGAAAAGCCAGCGGCCGACUCCCAGCAGCAGCAGUGGUGCCAACUUGGCUUCGCAGUCCAGGGGCGCCAAAAGCAAGCCCGACAAACAGAGUCCUGCUGUCAGCAAGGGGAAUAAGACCACAGACCGAGAGCCUCGAGACGAAGCUGCAGACGCAGCGGAGGCAUGUGGCCGAGGACGGCCGAACAAGUUUAAGAACCAAACUCCGGUUGAAGUCUUGGAGUCCAGCGGCAUGGUGGAGGUCAAGGUUUACAAGAAGACGAUGAGCGAGUUCUACGCUCGGACUGCCGAGUACCUGAGGAAGGCCUCCGCGCUGGAAUCCAAGGUGAAAAAAUGGCAAAACCGGCCAGCUGAAACUGAUGAGCUGGCAGGAAGGCAAAAGGACCUUGCGAGCGCGCUCCACUCAGGGGCGUCAGUCUUUCAGCUGUCAGCUAAGAAGUCGCCGAACCCAGACAAGAUGGAGCAAGUGCUGAAGACUUUGAGAGCUGAAGGCCUGGAGGUGCCCAUGGCCUGGCGUGACUUGCUGUUCCAGGAGAAGCUUUCUGACUGCUUGCGCUUCAAGAAGCUGGAAGAGUUUGCGCAAACGUGCCAGCCAGGACAAGGUGCUUUCGAAGGGGUUGCAGACGAGCGAGCUGAUGUGAUGCAAGCCAGCAUUCACAAGUGCCUUGGCAAAACUUUGUGCGACCUUGUUCCGGAUCCGGCUGUCAGCCAGAAGAAAAGCAAGAAAGGAGCAGCAGCUGCGACAGGCGCGGAGGUCCAGGUCCAGACGCUGCUGGACCUGGCGUUGCGUUUGGUGGAGGCGAAGGCGCUGCCGGAGGACAUGUUGCGAGACUUGGAAAUCCUGGCCGAUGCGCUUGACG